AUGGCGAUCGGGUUAGAGAGCGUGCUGGCAAGCGGCUGCAAUCGGAAACCUAUCAUCAUCGACACUGAUCUCUUCUCCGAUGUCGACGAUGUUGGGUCUUUGGCGAUCGCCAAUGUUCUCCAGAACUACGGAGUGGCGGAUCUCCUUGGCGUUGUCAUCAAUUCGCACUCUCAGUACGGAGCAUUAGCCGCCAGCGUUGUCAACACGUACUUCGGCAACGGAAACAUCUCGAUCGGCGCCAUUCGACCGUUGACAAACGAGACAUUUUUUGAUACAUAUAAUUUCCUCCGUGGUGAAUAUGCUGCAAAAAUAGCGCAGCAUUGGCCCCGGCAGCUCAAUGACUCCUCGGCAACCCCAACCCCGGUCCAGCUUUACCGCUCUAUCCUGUCAGCAGCAGACGACAAAAGCGUCACCAUCAUCUCGAUAGGGUUCCUAACCAACCUUGCCGCUCUGCUGGAAGACGACGGUCCAGACAGUCGCAGCCUUAUUUCCGCCAAGGUAAAAGAACUGGUCGUCAUGGGAGGCCAGUAUCCCUCAGGCCGUGAGUUCAACUUUGGCGGCGUGGAUCCUGCUUCAGCACACAAAGCUAUCAACAACUGGCCACGUCAAGUCCCUGUAACAUAUAUUGGAUUUGAGCUGGGCAAAGACAUCUUCUCGGGCGGGAGGCUCACAGACUCGAAUGCACCGACCAGGUCGCCUGUGCUCGCGGCUUAUCAGUGGUAUGUCGGCCGAUGUAGCACCUUGAGAGAAUCUUGGGACCCGAUUACCACGCUUUACGGGAUAUGCGGGAUCGAGGGAUGUGGAGAGUUGGGCAUGGGGAAGUUAUUUGAAUUCGCGAAUGACAAGGGAUAUAACUGGGUGGGGGAGGACGGCAGCAAUGAGUGGGUGAAUGAUACUGGGGCCGUAAAUCAGCACUGGCUGAAACUGGCAGAGGGGGUGACGAAUGAAGAUGUGGCUUGGUGGUUGGAUCGGUUCAUUGGGGAGAACCCUGAUGGUCGGCGAUGCCCGGAUCUGGCUUGUGAUGACGCUUGGGAUUCGGCCGGGUUCGACGAUCGAGAUUCGUUCCAUGUUGGGCAGGGAAACGAAGGGCAAUAA